GGCACCGAACCGGUGUAAGGGUUAGGUUUUAGCUCCACCAAUUUUGACACAUGUCGCCGCUGCUCAACAACCAUGGCGGCCUCACAAGCACUAAGUGUUUUGCAAGCGACAGAUGAAUUUGAAGAAAUACUAGGAAAAUUGCAUGCCAGGAAUUUGCCAGAGUUUUUCGAGUUAAUUGAGGAGCGGAUUGAGCGUGAACGAGGAGCCAAUGGAUGCGGGGCCAAGCCGAGAGGUGCAGAAGCCAACCUUGGUGAGGAUGAGAGCACUGCUGAUAUAACUCUGCAUAGCAUUGCAUCUGAAGUCCGAAACCAUCCAUGCCUUCCUCCUGAUGCUGUAUUGAAGUCUGAGAGGAUUCGCCAUCCAACAGUAGGUGAGUUUGCAGCCCUAGAUCCAGUGACUGUGGUCUCAGUGGAUAAGUUCUUAUAUGAAGAUGAUGAGGCAAUUGAUGAGAUGUGUGAUGAGGGAAUGCUGAGUAGGAACUACUGUCUGGAGUGUGGCUCGCACCGCAGCGCUCCACUCAACUUUAUAUCCCACUCUGCCUCAUCGCAGCAACUGAAGUUCAUUUUCCAAAAAGCGCUCCCUGACUUGAAUGGCAAGACGGUAGUUGAUAUAGGCUCAAGACUGGGCCCUGUCCUCUAUGGGGCAUACUUCUACAGUGGUGCAUCAAGAAUCGUUGGGAUUGAAAUCAACCCAGAGUUAUGUGCAAUACAAGAAGAUAUGGUCAAGAAAUUCAGCCUAAGAGAUCGUAUUCAGGUCAUCAAUGCAGAUGUUUGUACACAAGCCACCCUAUUGCAAGAAGCUGAUGUUGUCGUCAUGCACAAUGUAUUUGAAUUCUUUGCUCCAUCAGAGACACAGAUAAGUAUAUGGAAGUUCCUGAGGGAAACACUGAAGAAGAAAGGCUGUCAUCUGAUCACGCUACCUUCACUGGCAAAAUCUAUGGAAACCCUCAAGCUGUCGAUGGACUUAACGUCUUGGGUAAAGCAGUGUCCUCUAGAGCACAUCACCAGGUGGAUCCGAGAAGACGAGGCAAGGGAAGAAGUACAACAGAUUUGUCGUUAUGAGAUCCUGUGAAAGACUGAACUCAACUCUAAACCUGGGCGACUACUGCGUCUAGUGUCCUAGUUAGGACUAUUGAUUGCUUAGUCGAGUCGUGACUCCUGUUUUUCAGCUACUCUGUUAAUUGUGCCGCCUCAACUACUACAAAAAAAUUUUGCAACUACUACAAAAAUAGUCAUGACUUAAAAACCUGGUAAACAAAUUGUGUUGCUCACAACUAUUCACGACAACAUAAUUUACUUAAGAAACACAAUCAGACAUCAGCGACACAAUCCUACAAUCCUUUCAGCGUGAAUUUUACUGUAUUUCGCCUGAGCCAAAAAUUAUGCCACAAUGCAUCUUGGAAAUAAAAAAUUAAUCCAAUAAUUAUUAGUCGUGGCUAGUGUUGUAGCCACAACUUUUUGAGGUGUGACUAGUCGAGUAGUAAAUUUCACUAGUCGCCCAGGCCUACUCAACUCCACCAGUUGCCAUGUAUAAGAAAAGUGAUAGAUUCCCUCGGAAAUGAAUAAAUUAAUCCUCUCCAGAAAGUCGUCCUAAAAGGCCUUGAUGAUAAUUAACAGAUGCAAACUUGCUCCGUGAUGCUACUUUCAAGGUAUCUUAUUUUGCUGAACUAAAUUUUAAAAUGCAAAAAAAAAAAUAAUAACAAUAAUAAUUUAAAUAUUUAUUUUGAGGC